GAGUGAGUUGUGUGUAACUAGAAAUCAAAAGAGUUGAGUAGCGCAGUGCGAGAGAGAGAAUGGGAGAGAGAGACAGAGAAAGAGAGAGGAAGACGCUUUACAGCUGGCUCUUCUUCCCACUCGCUACACACAAAACCAGACAUGGGGCUCGCGACGUGUCGGUGCUGAAUCUUUUAAUUUUUUUUUCCCCCUUUUUAUUAUUAUUUAUUAUUAUCUCCCUUCCUCCUAGCUCUUCUAGGUUCUGUAGCAGGAAGAUGGAAGACCAUUGAACUAUCAGCAUUUUCCGAAAUUACACAGAUAAACACACACACACACACACAUACCCCCCCCCACACACACACACCGAGGCUCUGUUCACUCAGUUGAUUUUUCAAUCAUUGUGUUUUCUAUGUUGGAUAUUGUCAACGCAAGGAGCCAGCAAAUGAGUUCGGAUGAUGACGUAUCUAUAUAUGAUGACAUCUCUAUAUAUGAUGACGUCUCUAUAUAUGAUGGUAAGGUAGACUAAACGAUGGUCGAUGGCCAGCAAAUCCAAAGCGAGCCAAAAACUGGCUCCUGUCUCACGUCUGCUGUGUCUGAAAUGGCCCUGUUUGCGGAAGGUCGGCAGUUUUUUCGUCUGCGUACUUCUGUUUUUUGCCUUCGGCACGCUCCUGCCAGCUGUUCGAAAUGUAAUUCUGUACCCCGUCUGGCCGAACGCCUGGAGGCCCAUAGGAACCCUGGAGAUCCUGUCUAUAAAAGUCUUUACACCAAACAACAUGCUGAUCGGCUCUGAGCUGCCUGUUUGCAAGAAUCGUUAUCCUCUGUCCAGAAUAGAGCCACUGGUAAAGCCGAAAAUCAACUUCUAUCCUGAACUAAGGACGAAGGAAUUAAAAAACCCAGAACACGCUAGAUUCUUACCAGCCAUGGCAAACCAGGAUAAAAUAGACGCCAUUCACCUUUUUAUCGUUGCGACCCAAGCCUUUCAGAAAGCUGGUAUAGAAUACUUCAUGGUGGAAGGGUCUCUUUUGGGAACUCACCGCCACGGCGGCAUGAUUCCAUGGGACGAUGAUAUCGACAUCACGGUCAACGUUUCGUUGUGGCGCCAGGUCAAUGACGCCCUGGGAUGUAUAGAAGGCUACACUUUAAAAGUCAGCUCCGGCAUGCAUUGGAAGUUCUUUCGCAACGACACCAGCUUAACAUCCGGGUAUCCAUUCUUGGACAUCUUCUUCUACUCGGAAAACGAAGACAAGCUCUGGGCCAUGACCAGCUACAUCAUGACGUCGCUCUUCUUCACCAAGGCCGACGUCUUUCCACUGACUACAGCCAAGUUUGAAGGCCUGGAGGUUCCGGUUCCGGGUCGGACAGAUUCCAUUCUAAGAACGUUAUUUGACUACGAGACGUGCCAGUCUUCCAAAGGUCACCACAGCACGUCGAAUUCCAGCAGCUCCACCACGACGGUACCAUGCUCAGAGUUAUCGUACAUGUACGAAAUGUACCACUUGCAGAAGUAGACCUAAGUCUUGUUGGUUUUUAUUGUACAGUCUGCACUAUACUGUUGAUCCGCAUUGCUUCCCUUGUUGUUUAUGUUUGUUGUCGUGGAGACACGAUUAAAACUAGAUCUAGUUAAGGCUCUUAGCAUCUCAACACUCAGAGACUACAAGAAGAACAAUACGUCAAAGAACAUAUUUUGAUGACUUAGUCUAAUUAUAUUCAUAUUGGUGCACACCCUUUUAGAUCAUAGAACUGUUUCCCUUAUAGUAACUAAGUAAGCCACAGGCAUGGGUAACAGUAGAUAUGUAUAUAUAUAUAUAUGAAAUCUACACAGCUAGAGCUGGGGUUGGAUAUCUAACUAACCUACAUACAACUAGAAAAAAAUGUGUUGCUCAAUUGAUUGUCUGUACAAUGUAUAAAAGGCUUUGUUCUACAUAGGAGCUUUUGCGCUAGAUUUCUGUGUGUUCAAGGUCAGAUAUUAAGUGCUAUAUCUGAUCAAAUCUGCUACACACCAGCAUCUGUGUAGAUCAGAUAUGUUCUAGGGCACUGUUUGUCCAAAAUCAGACCUACUGUUGUUUCUCUCUACUUAACAAAGUGUUAAACAAAAACUCUAACCUACACAAAGCACUAGGAAUUCAGUGUUUCCCAAACUAUGUUCCCCCGGAAAUCUAGCUUUCCCGCGAGGCCUGAAUAGGCGUUCCACGAACUACUGGAAUAAUUAACUAGUAGCCCACCAUGCAAAUUAACCUCUGUUAAAAAAUAAGCCAAAGUGUUCCACUAACUCCUCAGAAUGUGGGAAGUGUUCCCUGGAGGGAAAACAGUUUGGGAACCAUUGCACUAGAUGAAAACAACAACGUUACAACGGUAGCGUGGUAAUAGUACAUUAAACUUUGGCCAAGCCCCCCUUUGAAUCAUGGUCAUUUAUAAGUGCCCAUGCGGUAUGUGUUUGUGUGUGUCAAAGGUCAAACAAGCUCACCAUAUAUAGGCCUAUGCCGCCUAUGUGCAUUACAAUUUCAUUAAAACAGCGGCGUAGCCUAAGAGUUCCCCUUCCCCACUCCCUGUACAGAUUAGGAUAUUGCCAUUAUCCAUGCUAAUUAUUCUUUAAUAAACUCUUUAAAUCAAUGAACAUUUCCUCCCCUUUGUAAAUGAGACAACACUUCUAAAAAUAUUCCCGAUUCGUCAGAUAAAAAAAAUUAUCUCUAACAGGGUUAAACCAAAAUAAUUGUAUUUGUAAAAAUUUCUUUCCUUACUGUUUGACCCUGACAUGGACUCACUCUAAAUUUAUUUUUUAAGAAAUUAGAAGAAUUAGAAGAGUCUUAUCAAAGAAGAAAUGUUGCCCUGUUCGCUUUUGUGUGAAAACAAAACGCCAAAUGAUUUUUUACAUUUUUAUUUAUUUAAACGAUCAAAACAAGACUAUUUCUGGUCCUUAAAUUGGUCCAUUUGUGACUUCGAUGGGGGCCGCCUCUGAGUUUGUGUUUAUAACACAAACUCUCUUUGUAAUCUUGUUUAAUAAAUAGCGUCUAUGUGUUUCUACCAAUUAGCUUACUUGGCAGUGUACAGCGGUAUGAAUGAAGGGUCAUGAAACACCUAGGUGACGGGGUAGACCAUACACUUGUCUUGUGUUGCCAACUAAGAAACUGAUGUUUAACUGUUGUGUAUUUUCCUUUGUUCUGUUGAGAGAAAUGUUGCUAGAUCAAAUUACAACGAGAUGAUCAAUGUUGACAGCAGCCUCAUAUUCAUGUCAUUGUGUCGGUCCAGAAUAAGGAAACAAUGCUUGGCUGCCGUACCAGCAUUGUCAUACAGGGUCCACUAUGUCAUUGUCAUCAGGAUCCACUAUGCCAAGGGGUUCUCAACCUGUGUGUCGCGGCCCCUUUGGAGGGUCGAUUGACGAUUUGCCAGGGGGUCGCCUAAGACCAUCGAAAAAUAUGGAUUGUUAUUGUCUACUCUUCUAUCGCUAUGUGUGUAAAGGGGGGGGGGGGGUCGCGGCAAAGUGAGGAAUUGUAAAAAGGGGUCGCCGAGCUUAAAAGGUGUAGAACCGCUGCACUAUGCCAUUGUCAUACAGGAUCCACUAUGUCAUUGUCAUACGUUUUGUCAUAUGUUGUCAACUAUAGCAUUGUUAAAGGGGGUCGACUAUAGAGCUGUUAUGCAAGAUCCUUUAUAUCAUUGUCAUACAGGAUCCACUAUGUCAAUGUCAUACAGGAUCCACUAUGUCAUUGUCAUACAGGAUCCACUAUGUCAUUGUCAUACAGGAUCCACUAUGUCAUUGUCAUACAGGAUCCACUAUGUCAUUGUCAUACAGGAUCCACUAUGUCAAUGUCAUACAGGAUCCACUAUGUCAUUGUCAUACAGGAUCCACUAUGUCACUGUCAUACAGGUUUCACUAGUGUCAUGCAUGUUGUCUAAUUGUUAAAAAAGGUUGACAGAGAUCUGUCAUACAGGAUCCACUAUGGAAUUGUCACACUCAUUGUCAUUUAUUGUCGACUAUAGCACUGUUUAAAAAAAAAAGUCGACUAAAGCAUUCUUAAAAGGGUCGACUUGUCAUACAGGGCCGACUGUGUAGAAUCAUGUUUCUAUAUUUUAAUGUAAGGAAGAGAAAGCUGUUCUAACCAUAUUUCCGAAUGUUUCUGACAUAAAUCACGCUACAAUAAUCUAAACGCUCCAUUUCAUGCCCAAUGUACAGAUUCGAGUAGAUCUACAAUAGACAGUCAAUGUUCUUCUUUAAAUGAAGAACGCAUAUAAGGUGGCUGAGUGGUUAGGCGCUUGGAUGCCUAACCAUGGGUCCUGGGUUCGAAUCUUGGUGAAGACUGGGCAUUUGAUUUCCAGGAUCUAUAGCGCGCCCAUGAUUCCACCCAACUCUAAUGGGUGCCUGACUUUAGUUGGGGGGGGGGGAGUAAAGGCGGAUGGUUGUUGUGCUGACCACAUGGCACCCUCCUUGAUAGCCAUCGUCCAAAGAAACAGAUGACCUUAACAUCAUCAGCCCUGUAGAUCGCAAGGUCUGAAAGGGGAACUUGACUUUGACUAGAAAAGAAUGAGGUAAUAGAUAUAAGUACAGGAAGAGGCGAUCAAAAUGGAACAUUAACUAUAUAAGAGAUUGCGCAAGGUCAAUUUUGAAAACUAAGAGUCUAGCCAAUCCAUCGUAUGUAAUAAUAAGAUAAGAUAAUCAGUGAACGUAACGAUUGGGGAAGGGGGGAGGGGGUGUACAAAUUUGUUACAAAAGGGGGGGGGGUGAAGAUUUGUUACGUACAAAAAAAAUUCCAAUAAAAUAAAAUGUACAAUGGUCCCUUGACUUUCGCGGGUCCAACUUUCGCGGAAGGUCUAUACCACAGGUUUUCAAAAGAAUAAUAAUGGAAAGAAUACCCGGCGUUUUUGUUUCUUCUUUAGCACCACGGGUAUCCCCGCUGGUGCCCGAUGUAUAUGUACACUGUACACUUAUACAGUAUUGUGGGAGGGGGGGGAACUCAAUAUGUAUGGAUUUAAAAAAAAAUGUUAUUUUGAGCGUUACAUAAUAUCCGAAUAUUCCCUAAGUUUGUCAGCACUCGUUAACAGCUGUUCGAUCUGGCAUUUGGUAAAACGGAGUAAUUCUAUUUGAUCUACAGAUUGGCCAUGUACAGUUUCCAAAACAAAAGUGUUUGUGUGUGGGUGUGUGUGUUUUUAGAGUACACUUGUCCAUUCCUUUUGCAAUGCUACUAGUGAUUUCAUAACUCCGAAACUAAACAAGGCAGCUGGAAAAAUUAAUUGAUAGAUGUAAACUUAAAGGCUCGUUUAAACAGACUACAUUGACAAAAUUAUAAAAAAUAGAAUUAUUUAAUUCAAUAAAAUGAUAAUUCUGGAUCAUAAAGCAUCCACAUUUUUAAAUUUAUUUAUUUAAAUUUAUUUAAAAUUAUUUAUAGAUGCAGUCAAAAUGAAAUAAAUGCCUAUUAUGUUUAUGAAAUAGAUUUUCAUGUUUCUAAAAUGGUUAGGAAUAUUUCUCUUUUGUUCUUAGAAUUGAAUAAAUCUAGAAUAAAUCAGUACUUAGAGAGUAUGGUGUCACUGAAUGGAGUUGCGCUAAGCAAAAAUUAUACACCUACAUAAACAUGAAUAAAUAUAGACUGGCCGAUUAAAGAGUUUUAUGAAACGAACAUUUGUGACUUGCAAUUUUGUGUACUUUAUUAUACAGCAUUUAUGAGCAGUAUAAAAGUUACGUAUUCAUAUCUAUUUCAGCCACACACCUAUUUAUACUGUAAAUAAGG